AUGUCUUCAUCAAAGAUUUUAUACUCUCCAUCAAGAUCAAAAGUUACCGUUGGAGGUGCUGACAGAGCACUUUCACCUAGUAGAGCCAAGAUUUCAUAACUAUCAGAAAAAUUAUCAAAUCUUUAGCACUAAGUUGAUGAGGAUUAGGCUUUUAAAAAAGAGACUUUUGAAAAUAGAGUAAAGAUUUUGGAAGACAAGGCUACUAAAUAAAGUUAAGCUGAUGAUUCAAAAUUUCAAUUAUUAAGAGAAUAACUCUCGAAAAUUGAUGAAGGAGCUUAAAAUGAAAAAAUAAUUAGAGAGGCUGGCGAUGAGAAGUUAAGAUCCAAAGAUUUGAAGUUAUUAGAAGGGUUCUUAGGAAAGGAAUUGCAAAAUGAAAAAAUAAAUAGAAAGGAUUUCGAAGUUAAGAUUAUUAAAAAUACUGACGAUAAAGUCUACAGCUUAAGAUUGGAUUUAGCAAGAUAGAAGAAAUAUAGAGAAGAAACUGAGGAGAAAAAUUCUUAAGAAAUUGGAGAUAGAGUAUUGUAAUUAUAAGAAGAGGUUGAAGAAGAAAGAAGAUAAAGGGAGGAGUAAAAUCAAAAUACUAUAAAAAGACUAGGAGAUUCUAUUCUUAAAUUAUAGGAAAUUUUAACGAAUGAAAAGAAAUAAAGAGAAUAAGCUCAAGGUUAAAUGUUUAGGAUGUUGGAUGAGAUGAAUAAUUAUUUAAAUCAUGAACUGUAAGAUGAGAAAAAUGAGAGAGAUGCCACUGAAGAAAGUAUAAUUAAUUUAAUUGACCAAACUUGCAAUAGAGUUGAAAACUCACUUAGAAAAUGA